AUGGAUCGAGAAUUCAAUAUACAGUUGAAUUAUAUUGAACAACGAAUGAACUACUUGAUGGUAGUACCAUUGAGACUAUUCCUCAAUUAUGGGGAAGAUGUAGAUGUUAUGAGUGGUGAUCUUCGCGAGCAACUGGUUCGUAUAUUAAGUAGUGAUGAACCUAUUACGAACGGACCGAUAGUUGUGAUGGGUGACAUAACACUAGAAUUAAUUGCUGAUGACUCCCGGCAAAAGUGGAACAACAACAACAACAACAACAACAACAACAACAACAACAACAACAACAACAACAACAACAACAACAACAACAACAACAACAACAACAACAACAACAACAACAACAACAACAACAACAACAACAACAACAACAACAACAACAACAACAACAACAACAACAACAACAACAACAACAACAACAACAACAACAACAACAACAACAACAACAACAACAACAACAACAACAACAACAACAACAACAACAACAACAACAACAAC